GACUGAAGUGAAAGUGAAAAAUAAUUACCGUAGCUCUCUAGUCAAGAAGAAAUCUUUAUUUUUACAUAUAUUUCUGAAAUUAUCUACAGGAUAUUCACCGAAUCUGAAAGUAUUAUAAUGCAGUGAAUUCUGACUCCCUGAAAAGAGUUUAAACACACAGAAAGAAAGAAAUGGCUGAACCUUCAUCACCAACAAAAGGCAGAAGAAGGAGGAGUAUGGACGAAUCACGAUCAUUUUCUCAUGACUCCAGCAGUCUCCUGUCUGAAGAUCAGCUGCUGUGUUCCAUCUGUCUGGAUGUGCUCACUGAUCCAGUCACCACUCCAUGUGGACACAACUUCUGUAACAGCUGCCUUACACAGUGCUGGGACAAGAGUCAACACUGUCACUGUCCAUUAUGUAAAGAGAAAUUCGCCAAGAGACCUGAACUGAAGAUUAAUACAACACUGAGAGAGGUUGCAGAUCACUUCAAGAAGAAAAGUGGUUCUGACAAACCUGAGGUUCUUUGUGAUGCCUGCAGUGGAGAGAAGUUGAAGGCCCUGAAAUCCUGUCUGGAUUGUUGUGCUAGUUUGUGUAAAACUCAUUUAGAAUUUCAUAAUAAUAUGCCCAAACAUAAGAAGCACAAACUAAUAAACCCUGUGGAGAACCUGGAGGACUACAUAUGCCAGAAACAUGAGAGAGCUCUGGAGCUGUUCUGUAGAGAUGAUCAGAUGUGUGUGUGUCAUUUCUGCACUGAAGGAGACCACAAGAAUCACAACACUGUUCCUAUAGAGGAGGAGAGCAGAGAGAGGAAGACUCAGCUGGUGAAAACACACACAGUUGUGCAGCAGAUGAUUCAGGACCGACUGAAGAAAAUAAAAGAGAUCAAUCACUCAGUAGAGCAAAGCAAAAGAAGCACAGAGAAAGAGAAAGCAGACAGUAUUGAAGUCUUCACUGCUCUGAUUCGCUCCAUUGAGAGAAGUCAGGCUGAGCUGCUCAAGGUGAUGGAGGAGAUGCAGAAAGCAGCAGAGAGGCAGGCUGAAGAACUCAUUAAAGAGCUGGAGCAGGAAAUCAGUGUGCUAAAGAGGAGAGACACUGAGCUGGAGCAGCUCUCACACACUGAGGAGCAUCUCCACCUCCUACAGAUUUACUCCUCCAUGUGCAGCCCUCCACACACCAAGAACUGGACUGAGAUCAGUAUUAACACUGAUGUGAGUGGGGACACUGUGAGGACAGCUCUGUCUCAGCUUCAACAGACUCUGAAUGAGAAACUCAAUAAAACACUCAAUGACAAAUUAAAGGAAACAGUUUCUACAGAACUCAAGAGGAUUCAGCAGUAUGCAGUGGAGGUGACUCUGGAUUCUGAUACAGCUCAUCCAUAUCUCAUCCUGUCUGCUGAUGGAAAACAAGUGACACAUGGAGAUGAACUACAGAAUCUCCCUGAUACACCACAGAGGUUUAAUCAUUAUAUCUUUGUUCUGGGAAAGCAGGGUUUCUCUUCAGGGAGAUUUUAUUAUGAGGUGCAGGUCAGAGGGAAAACUGACUGGGAUGUUGGAGUGGCCACAGAGAACAUUAACAGGAAGGGGGAUGUUAUACUGAAACCUCAGAAUGGAGUCUGGACUGUGGGGCUGUGGAAUAAGAAUCAAUACAGUGCUUGUGCUGAUCCUGAUGUCCCCCUCACACUGAGAGAGAAGGUGGAGGUUGUGGGGGUGUUUGUGGAUUAUGAGGAGGGUCUGGUCUCCUUUUAUGAUGUGAAGGCCAGAUCUCAUAUCUACUCUUUCACUGGUCAGACUUUCACUGAGAAACUCUAUCCAUUCUUCAGUCCUUGUCUAAAUGAGGGAGGUGAAAAUUCAGCACCACUGAUCAUCUCUCCUGUAUUUAAAACUUAAUAAUCUAUUAAAUGUUGAGAAUAAAAAUAAAUGUUACUUUUUUGGUUAAAUUUUAGAAAUACAUUUUCCAUUUCAAAGUUCUGUACAGAUUAUUUUAAUACCUGGUUUUAAUUGUAAUCCUACAGUCUGUUUUUUAUGAUUAUAUGACAUUAAGUUUAGGAAAACCUUUUCAUUACAAAUCACAUAUAAAUAAAGAUAAUUUACAGUUUACAGAUAAAAACAAACAAAACUCUGUACAAUGAAAUUCAUAUUUUAUUUAGAAAUAAAAAUCUCAGGUUAAAAUCUCUUUAUCAGCCCUAAUAAGCAAAUUUCUAAAAGGAUGGACAGCAGAGGGAGCUUCAUUAAUAUUCAUAGUGUAAGUGCUACCUGAUUGGUCAGUGAAAUGUUCUGACGUUUCAUGUUGAUGCACGUGACCGUGUUAUGACUGCUGUGAAAAAUCAUCUUGAGGAGAUCAAACUGACCAGGGGUCUCAUUUAUAAAACUGUGCGUAGGAUCCCUACUAAAAGUUUACGUACGCCCAAAAGCCAAAAAUGGCGUACGCCAAAAAAUAUUCCGAUUUAUAAAACCGUGCGUACGCACUCCUCUAAGCAACGUACCCUUUAUAAAUCACAGAUCACCCACAGAUGUGCGUACGUGAACCAGCCUCAAUUCCCACCCUGUACACGCCCAUUUUAACCUUAAAUAGUCAAUGCAAAUCACUGCGCGGGCACGAGAGUGGACCUCAUUAUAAUGAGUUUCUUCUGCGCUCUGCGGGUUUAAAAAUGGGUUGAAGAGCCUCAGUGCGUCUCAGGGGGUAGCCACUGUCGCCCGCAGGUUAUAAUUAUAUUAAAAGCAACAUUGCUACUUUUUAAUAUUGUUAAACUCACCAAAAAGCCAGCCAUCACGUACUGCGCCUGCAUUUAGUCUGUUCCCUACACUGCUAUGUGUCAAGAUAAAGGAAUCAUGCGUUGAACCAGACCAGCGUGCCACAAUGUUUGUGAGGGUCAUGUUGGAGUCACAUAUGAUUUGCACAUUAAUAGAAUGCACAUGCUUUCUAUUAACAUAAGCAAGUUCAUUUUCAGAUGGUGCCCUUAUAGCAACAUGAGCGCAGUCAAUUGCGCCGAUUACAUUUGGGAAACCAGACAUUGCUGCAAAUUGCAUUUUAAUUUCGGCCUGUAAGGCAGCGCUGAUUAUUCAUUCAUUCAUUCAUCUUCUACCGCUUAUCCGAACUACUCGGGUCACGGGGAGCCUGUACCUAUCCUCAGGCGUCAUUGGGCAUCAAGGCAGGAUACACCCUGGACGGAGUAGCGCUGAUUAUUAUUAUUAUUAUUAUUAUUAUUAUUAUUAUUAUUAUUAUUAUUUUAUUGUUAAUAUAUUUUGAAUUACGUUUGGAUUUUACUAGAUGUAUAUAGCCUAAAACAAUCGGCACAAAUAACACUGUUGGAUUUAAUCUUCAUGAUAAUGUGGAAAUAGCGUAUGAAAUGGAGUGAAAAUUAAAUGUCAUUAAUUCUUAUAAUCGUUCUUCUCACAUGUAUUUUCUACAAUCUAACUUCAGUUCACGACCUCACCAUCCGUGUCGCCAAUUCCCUUUGUCUCUAGAAUGUGCGUACGCACAGCUCAAAGUUUGCUUAAGGGUGCGCACAUUUUCCCGUCAAGUUUGUUUUUUUAUAGAUCACAACCUUUGCGUGAAAACUGGCGUACGCACAAAACAGGGCUGGAAACGUGCGUACGCCAGUUUUCGCGCAAAGGUUGUGAUCUAUAAAAAACACGCUUUAUAAAUGAGACCCCAGAGCAAGAAACAGGAUUAACCAACCUGAAAUAGUUUAUACAUUUUAUUUUAUUUUUCUGUUUGUUCAUUCAGAUAGCUAUGCUAAGUGAUAUCGAGCUCAGUGAGACAUUAUUAAAGCAAAAUUUAUCUUGGAGAAAGUCUAUAUUUAUAUAUUUCUACAUGUAUGAGUUCUGAAUGUUUCUACUUUUUAUUCAUUAUGAUUUAUUUUAUUGUGUGCAACAUGAUUACUGAGAAAUGUUUGCAGUUUGACGGAGAAUUAUCCUGCUGAAGGAGCCCACUGCACUUGUGUAUUUGGUCUAAAACAAUGUUUAGGAAGAUGGUGCAUGUUAAAUUAACACCCACAUGAAUGACAGGACACAAGCUUUCCAGCAGAACAUUUUCCAGAGCAUCACAGCACCUCUGCUAGCUUGUGUUCUUCCCAUAAUGCAUCCUGUUGCCAUCUGUUCAUAAGGUAAUGUCAGGAUCUAGCUAGGACUUUCUACUGGUGCCAUGUGUUUUUGGUUUAUAUUUUGUGUUCAUGUGUCUGCCUCGCCUGUGUCUAAUUCCUUCCAGCCUCAGCACACCUGUUUCUUGUGUGUCUGAUUGUCCUCCUUAUGUAUACCUUUUGUCUUGUGCUUGUGUUUUUUUGGGUGUUUUUGUACUCAUUGUUUGUUUUAUUAUCUCAGUUGCUUUGUCUUCCCCAGUGUUUUCC